AUGACGACCCGAUUCAAGAAGAACCGCAAGAAGCGCGGCCACGUCAGCGCCGGCCACGGCCGUAUCGGCAAGCACCGCAAGCACCCCGGCGGCCGCGGGAACGCUGGAGGCAUGCACCACCACCGCAUCCUCUUCGACAAGUACCAUCCAGGCUACUUCGGGAAGGUCGGCAUGCGCUACUUCCACAGGCUGAGGAACAAGUUCCACUGCCCAACGAUCAACGUUGACCGCCUCUGGUCCAUGGUGCCGCAGGAGGUGAAGGACAAGGCGUCGAAGGACAACGCGCCGCUUGUCGACGUGACCCAGUUCGGGUACUUCAAGGUCCUGGGUAAGGGUCUGCUGCCGGCCGACAAGCCUGUGGUGGUGAAGGCCAAGCUGGUGUCGAAGAACGCCGAGAAGAAGAUCAAGGAGGCCGGAGGGGCUGUUGUGCUCACUGCGUGA